AAGCAGCACCAGCAGCAGUGAAGGACGCUGAGGCUGAAACAACAGAGACCUACUGCUUUACAUCUGACAACUUUCAACCAAAAGGAUGUUUUGUGUGCACAUUUUCCUGUUGCUGACUCUGAGCAGAGUGGGGCUGGGCUCCCUGCAGGAUAAACAGACUGACUUUGGCCUGAAAGUCUUCUCGAAGUUGACCCAGAGCUCUGUGGACAAGAAUGUGGCCUUGUCCCCAUAUGGCGUGGCCUCCAUCCUGGCCAUGGCUCAACUCGGUGCUGCUGGAAACACCCGCAGAGCCUUAACUACUGCUAUGGGCUUUUCUCUGCAUGAGCGAGGGAUGUCUCGGCAGCAGCGUCUCCUGCAGCGGGACUUGUCCAGUGAGGAGGGGGUGGAGACAGCCAGUGGGGUUAUGGUGGAGAGGAAAAUGACCUUGGAGAAGGGAUACCGCCGGGCCUUGGCCAAGGCCUUCCAGAUCCAUGCUAACCAGGUGGACUUCACCAAACCAGACGAGGCAGUCAGCAUCAUCAACUCAUGGGUCUCGGACCACACCGCAGAUGCCAUCCCUGAGUUCUUGGCGCCUGGAUCUCUGAGUGAUGAGACCCGCUUGGUCUUUCUUAAUGCUCUCCACUUUCAGGGCCUCUGGAAGGUUCCUUUUGAUCCCAAACUGACACAGGACAGGAUGUUCCACUGCGCCAACGGAAGCACCGUGGUCGUGCAAAUGAUGAGACUCACCAACCACUUCAACUACGGUGAGUUUGUGACUGCCAAAGGAGUGGACUAUGAUGUCAUUGAGGUCCCAUACGAGGGUGACUCACUGAGCAUGCUCCUGGUGUCACCAUUUGAGCCUGAAGUUCCACUGAGCAUGCUCAGUGAGGAUUUGAGCAGCCAGAGGAUUCAGCAGUGGAGAGCGGAGCUGAGGAAUGUCAAGAGACAGCUGGCCAUGCCCAGGUUUAGUCUGAACUAUGAGUUUAAUUUAAAGACUACUCUGCUUAAGAUGGGUCUGGGAGACAUGUUCAACCUGGCUACUGCUGACUUCACACGCAUCACCACUGAUGAGAGACUGUGUGUAUCGAAGGUUCUGCAGAGAGUGAAGAUCGAGGUGAAUGAGCGGGGAACCAAGGGAGCAGCUGCAACAGCUGCUGUGAUGUUUUCUCGUAUGGCAGUGGAGGAGAUUACUCUAGACCGACCCUUCCUCUUCCUCAUUCAACACAAACACACAGGUGUUGUUCUGUUCAUGGGUCAGUUCAACCACCCUCAACAACAAUAACCCAUUCUGAAGACAUACCUUCAUUCCACACAGACUACUGCUGCUCAUACUUCACAUGGUGACCAGACCUACAGAAUUCAUAUUUUAACUCUGCAGACUCAUUCAUUGAAAGGUUUAUUUAUGUACUCAACACAACAAGACUAAGGUGAAGUGAUGCACAGAUUUAACAUGACAGACAGUGGAAACAUGAUUGUCUGAGAUUCUUUGAAAAGACUCUAUAUGUUAAUUUAUUUCUCUACCUGUUCAUGGUUGAGAAGACAGAAAGAAAUAUGAAGGAAAGUCAACUAAUUAAGUAAUUUGCUGUUGCCUGAUGCAACAGGCACCACUACACUUCACAGAGAGAGGUAACUUCGGACACAAUGAUGUCUGCAUGAGCAUAAAAAAAGAUGCAUUUUUUAAUCUAUUUUUACAGUGUUAUAAUGUCUAUUUUUGUUAUUGCCAAGUUACAUUUGUAUUUUGCAGUAUUUUCUAUUUAUUAAAACACUUCAUUUUUACAAAGC